AACCUUCAAUCCCGUCUUGUUUGUGUCUGUGCUAUCACAUUCAUUCAGUUCAGUCGGCUUCGGAUGUUCGGAUACUAGUGAUGUUCGCAACUCAAUGUGCUUUCCACGAUGUCAGAAGACGUCGAAGUAAAACCGAGGAAGUGUAUUCUGGAUAAAAACGAGUGUGUGUCCCUAUUGGACAUUUUAAUAUCGUUCAACGCGCCUAUCAGUGAGGAACACGCAUGGGCGUUGUGUUUUCAGUGUGCCAAGUGUUUUAAAAAUACGUUUUCUAGUGAUAGAACAAGGUUCAGGGUUGUUGAGGAUUUAGACCAAGUGCUAAUUCACAGGGAUGGACAUGUGCACCAUACCACGGUGCUACCGGGCUCUGGACCCCCGUCGAAUGAAGGGACAUCGAGGAAUGGACCCCUGUCAGAACAAAAGGUUAUCAUUUCGUUGGGCUGCGUGGUAUUUCGCGCACUCGACUUCGGAUUGGACGAAGAGGAGGAAAGGCACCUGCACCCCGACCUGGAGGCACUCAUUGCCAACAUGUCCACAUCCAGUGGUGUGGACAGGGUGGGAGGAGGCAGCACAACAGAGACUGACGACGAGGGCAUUGAGAGGGAUGCCUGUGAGGGGGAAGGUGACUACGACCACCACUCUUCCCCCUCCUCACUUCACCAUUUCUCGCUUGAUGACGUUUUAAAGAUUUGUAGCGCACACGUAGGCGAAUCGGGACCUGGGCAGGCGGACAACCACUACCGGGCGGUGUGCCGGGCGCUGGUCGCAGAAGCCCUCGAGCUGUCCACCUUUCUCGAGAAGGUGUCACAGGGCACAAAAGAUCUGCGCGACAAGGCAGACUCCUGUGUCUCCGCCGAUCUCGACAAUCUCAACUUCUCUGAUUGGUCAAACCUUAGGCUUUGGAGAUCUUUACAAGCUCGAUUAUGGGUGCAGGUGAUCAGAGAGCUGAGACACGGUGUGCAGCUGAAGAAGGUGUGCUACAGCCGCCGGCCCAUCGAGUACGAAUUGACGCCCUACGAGAUCCUCAUGGACGACAUUCGCUCGCGCCGCUACAAGCUCAACAAGGUGAUGGUCGACGGCAACAUCCCGCACCGCGUCAAGAAGGACGCUCACGCCAUCAUACUCGAGUUCAUCCGCUCGAGGCCGCCGCUCAAAAAGGCCUCGGAAAGGAAAUUGGGCCCGAAAGUGUGCCAGGUCGCAUCUCCCAGGGAACUGUUGCUCGAGUCCAUCAAGCAGGGCCAAGUCAAACUCAGGCCGGCUUCCAUACUCAAGAGGUCUGAGUUCAGGGCAUCUCUCAAAAAAGUGGUGCCUGUAGGGAAUGCGGACGAUUCACCAGACCCCCUUUCCCCUCCCCAGAAAAACACACGACGUCUCAUCAAAGUCGACUUCUCGGCUCUACAGACGGACGACGAAGACGAUGAUGAUGAAGACGACGAAGACGUGGACUGUGGAGGCGGCGGAGGCGGCGGUGACAGGAAGCAGUCGCAGGGGGGCGGCAAACGCCACCCCUGGCACAGGACAGGUACCUCCACCACCCUCACCCACGACGAGUAUCAUCGCUACUGCGACACGGCCCUCGAGUCGUACGACUUGGCGACCCAAUGUCCGAGCAGGCGCGCAUCAAUGCGGCGCCACACGAUUGUGGUGUGUGAGCCAGCGGCCAAGAGUGGCAGUCUGUCUGUGCCGCAGUCGCGACCGGCCUCCCGCCAGACCGCAUCCACACCCAGUGACGACUCACUCGGCUGCACUCUGCCCGAGAUGUCCUGGUCGAGGAGUUCGCUCCAGGACGACCUCCUGCAGUCUAAACAAUGGCAGGAGGAAUGCUUAGCUUUAACGCUUGAAGAGAUAGUGCACAUCCGCAGUGUGUUAACUAAAGCUGAGCUUGAAAGUUUACCAGUUGAAGGACAUGUCAAGGAGGAUGCAGAAAAGCGAAAGGUUUGCUUCCUGUGUAUGAAAACGAGGUUCAGCAUAUUUGGUCCUUGGGGCCAAAUUUGUAAGCUGUGCAAACGGACAGUGUGCAGUAAGUGCUACUCCAAGAUGAGGAUUCCGACUGAGCACUUUGCCCACGUACCAGUGGUGGCUCUGAGCCCGAGCCUCAUCUCACCCGACGAGGACAACUUCCCCAAGUCGCUGAUGUCGAAGCUGAUGGUCCCCGAACUGUCACGAAGUGGCGUCGGCAGUGCCCCCGCCUCCCCUAAGCACAGUCGCUCGACGCCCCCCUCCCAGAUGUCCACCAGCCUCAUCUCCGACAUCGGACCGCAGUCGCUGCCUCCGCCCAGUCCGGCCUACACGCCCACUGGAAUCAGAGGAAAAUUCAUCAGAUCGAAAACAUUGGGAAGGCCUACCGAUAAAGCUGAGAAAAUGAAAGGUUUGCAGAUGAUUGUGUGCCACGACUGUAAAACCAUGGUUAUCCAGAUAAUAAAAUCAUCUCGCACAACUCGGAACAAUGCUAUUCGCAAUCUAACACUCGACUUAUCGCCUGUCUAUUCAACUGCCUAAUUAGAACCUUCACCUUUUCUUAUUAAUUUCAUAUUACUCUAUUUUCAACAAUGUAAUAAGAACGUGACAAAUAGGUGAUACUCUAUCUCUCUCUGUUCCCAAGUUUUAUGUUUGAAUGCAAUGUAAUUUAUUUAUUUUUAUCCAAUAAUCAAAAAUUGAUUAGUACAGUAGAGACUGAAAUGUUUUGAAUGUUGGCUUGUAUACAUCCUGUAAUGCCAAGAUGCACUAGAUUUAAUUGUUUAUCGAAGUUGAUUAUUUAUUUUUCCAUUGUAAUGUUUAUUCAGGGUUCAAAGUAGAAUGUUCCCUGCUGUUGUAACUUAUAAGUUAGUCGAGAGCGUACUAUUGAAUAAUACAAUCACGAAUGAUAUUAACUAUUUUUGUUACCGUUAAUUCUAGAAACAUAAGAAAAUCAUACUUUAUUUUAGAAUUAUUUACAAUGUUUGAACAUUUCUCUGGUGGUAUGAUGUGUGCGGUAUAGUGUAUUUGUUAACAAUAUAAAUAUUAUGCAUAAUUCGCUUCCUGGUGAGAAUCUGUGAUUUCAUGAUGGAUUAUUACAAGAUUGAAUUGUACUCGAAUAAUGUAUUGUAUUCAACAAAUUUUAAUGAAUGUACCUUGAACGAUAAUAAGAAUAAUCAUUGAAUAGAAUAAUAGAUGAAUCUAUAAAGUUGGAUCUUCAUGAAUAUUUAUAGCAUUAGAAAAUAUAUGAAAAAACCAUGUAUUUAGUAUAGUAAGGAAACAAAUAAUUAUAUAUUUUUUAUCAACUUGAAGUUUGAAUAGUUGAAAAAUAUAUUGUAGUGAAUAUUUUUUUUGUGAAAAUCUAUUGAUUAUAGAAAUUUUAUUAUUCGAGGUAUCUUUAUCAAGCAUCUCAUUCUUUUAAAAAAAGAAGAAUAACUUUUUUUCAAUUAUGUUAAGAUAAUGUGUUUUUGUUUUCAUUUUCUUUAAUGUGAUAGGCCUGAUAUUUAUUUGAGAAUCAAUUACUGUUGUUGUAGUAAUAGAGUGAUUGAUAAUAAAUUGAUGGAAUUUAGUAAAUUCAUUCUUGAAUUUCAAAAUUGAUCUGCUCAUCUCUGAUUGAGAAUCAUGCAGUAAUUAUUUCACUACUGAUUGAUGAUAAUCAUUGGACUGCAUGAACGUUGCUUUCUUUCCAUCUAUUAUUUUAUGCAUAGAGACCUGAAGCAGAAUGCUUGAACAGUGUGGAAUUCACUAUAAAUAAAGUUUAAAAUUUCUGAUCAUGCAGGUAUUUGUCAAGGAGACUGCUCUUGGAUUAUCGUCUAUUGAAAUCAAUGUAAAAUACAGUAUAUUUCAUAUCGAUUUACUUCUACCAAGUCCAUGUAAAAUUUCUGUUCCCAUUAAACAUGAUCCCUUGGAAGUUAUCAGUUAAUUUAAAAUUCUCUCCAAUAUCAACUCCUAAAUUCUAGCUUUUCCACUACAAAUUAUUUUUUUCAUGACACUAAGAGAUUGAUUUAUCAAUAAGCAGUUAACAAAGUCCAUAAUAUCAUCAAUGAGAUGAGUCAGACAUCCAUUUUUUAAGAAGUGUUUUUUGAGCUUUAUUUGUUAAUAUUAGGCUACAAUCAAAUCAACAUCAUUUCCAACUUCUUUUGUACGUGUCCGGUGAUGUUAUUAAUUAUUAUAUUUUUCAAUAAACCUGUACCAAAUAUGUUAUUUCCAAAUAAGAAAUCACCUCCUUGAGGUAAAUCGUGAAUGCCAUAAAAAAGUAAUCCUUUUUUAGUUUUUGGUUGCUGUAUUUAAACUAAAUUCGAAAAUACAGAACAAUGAUUUCCAUUUAUUCACUUUGUUUUAAGCAGAACCGAAAACCCAUCACCAUGAAAUAUUUGGCCUCCAAAAUUUACUAUUAGGCUACUUUGAAUGAUAUGACUAGGCUUUAUAGACCAUUUCAUUUUCUCGGUGAUGAAUUUGCUUCAAUUCUUAAAAGAGAACAUAUUAUAUCCAUAAUAGACCACUUGAAACUAAUAUUGUAAGAAUAAUAUUUUUGAUGUUUCUACUCUGUUUUUUGUGUCACUUGAAUCACUAUUAAUCUAACAUGUUUUCUUAUUUAGUAAGUGCCAAGUCUUGUUUACUCAUCUUUUUUGAACAUUUUCCUUUUUUAUAUUCGUGAAUUUUCAUUAAAACAAUUUGUGAAUCAUAUAAUAUUAAGUAAUCAAAAUGGAUGAAGUUGACUAGGGGUAUUAUUGUAAAUAAUUAUCAGGUAGAAUAAUGCUAGCUUAAGUUAUUUCAAUCUGUAAAUAUGAGUAGAGGAAAAUGUAUAUUAUGUUUUGAAUGGAGAGUAAAAGUCAACUGUGAAUACA